CUGACCGAACCCGUGAGCACAGACUGUGGCCACAGCUUCUGCCAGGCCUGCAUCACAGAGAAUAGAGAGGAAUCAGAGAUGAGCCAGGACAAGGAGCGCAAUUGUCCUGUGUGCCAGACCAGCUACCAGCCUAGGAACCUCCGGCCUAAUCGGCACCUGGCCAACAUAGCGCAGCGGCUCAGAGAGGUAGUGUUGUGCCCAGGGAAGCAGCUGCAGGUAAUUCUUUGUGCACACCAUGGAGAAAAACUCCAGCUCUUCUGUAAAGAGGAUGGGAAGCUAAUUUGCUGGCUUUGCGAGCGUUCUCAGGAACACCGUGGCCACCAUACAUUUCUCAUGGAGGAGGUCGCCCAGGAGUACCAGGAGAUGUUCCAGGAGUCUCUGAAGAAGUUGAGGAAAGAACAGCAGGAAGCUGAGAAGCUAAGAGCUUUUAUCAAAGAGAAGAGGGCAUCCUGGAAGACUCAGGUGGAGCCCGAGAGACAGAGGAUCCAGACAGAGUUUAGUCAGCUGCGAAGCAUCCUGGACAAAGAGGAGCAGCGGGAACUGAAGAAGCUGGAGGAGGAAGAAAGGAAGGGGCUGAGCAUUAUAGAGAAAGCCGAGGAGGAGGUGAUCUACCAGAGCCAGUCACUGGAAGAGCUUAUCUCAAAUCUGGAGCAUCGUUGCCAGGGCUCAGUAAUGGAUCUGCUGCAGGAUGUGAGUGAUGUCAUGCAGAGGAGUGAAUUCUGGACCCUGAGGGACCCCCCAGCUCUCCCUACCAAGCUGAGAAGUAUGUUCCGAGCCCCAGAUCUGAAAAAGAUGCUGCGAGUGUUUCGAGAGCUGACAGAUGUCCAGAGCUACUGGGUGGACGUGACUAUGAAUCCCCACACGGCUAAUUUAAAUCUUGUCCUGUCGAAAAACCGGAGACAGGUGAGAUUCGUGGGUACUAAGCUGUCUGAGACUUCCUGUCUGGAAGAACAUCAUGACUUCAGUGUCCUGGGCUCUCAGCAGUUCUCCUCAGGAAAAUACUACUGGGAAGUAGACGUGACCAGGAAGACUGCCUGGAUCCUGGGAGUGUGUAGCAAUCCCAUGGGACCUGCGUUCUCUGGCAGCCAGUUUGCUAACAAGCAGAAUGCCUAUUCGAGAUACCAACCACAGACUGGAUACUGGGUGAUUGGGUUACAGCAUAAGCAUGAAUAUAGAGCCUAUGAGGAUGCUUCCACUUCCCUGCUCCUCUCUAUGACAGUGCCCCCUCGCCGCGUUGGAGUUUUCUUAGACUAUGAGGCUGGCACUGUCUCCUUUUAUAAUGUCACGAACCAUGGCUUGCCCAUCUACACCUUCACCAAAUAUUACUUUCCUACUGCCGUUUGUCCAUAUUUUAAUCCUUGCGACUGUGUAGUCCCAAUGACCCUGCGUCGCCCAAGCUCCUGAGCAUUCGGCUGCCCCCACCUACAGCUGAGUAGUAACCUUCACCCCGCAGCUCAUCUGCAUGAGUCUCCUUUCUGAUCAGUUUUCUGUGUUCUCACUCCUUUCCUGCUGACCAUGCACCCAGUGGUGAUGUUGAACAUGUUUGACAAAUGUUAAAGGAGGUCAGGGGACCUUUCACUAUUUUAUCAUUAAGCAGACGUCGUAUUUGAUGGACAUACAGGGUCAACUUAAGAAAUUCUCUUCUAUUAAUUGGCUUCAAGUUUUUGUACUAAAUGAAAAACUGAAUUCAACAGAUUUCCUGUAAUUAUCGAGAUAAUUAUCAUUGUUACUCUGCUACCAGGGACAAGUACAUCAGUUUGUUUCAGUUGUUAAAUCUACCAUAAAUUUCUGAAGUAAAUUAUUAUUAAUCAUUAGAGGCAAAUAAACCAUGUGUCAUUAUUGUUAACAUUUUCCUUAGGUCUUAUUUUUUAUCUGUUGUGAAAGAAAUUGACCUGUAAUUUUUAUAUUCUUAUGAUUUCUUUUAAAAAGUGCAAUAAUGAGCAAAGAAAUUACUGUAAUUAAAUGUGCUAAAUACAAACCGUUGUGAUUUCAGUGGCUUUAAAUUCAAAAUGAAGAAAGAAAUUGUAAAUUCAUCCUUCCCUCUAACUUCUAUCAUAAACUUUAGACUUGAUCUAAAAAUUUAAGGAUAAGCAAACAAAAAAUGAAAAAGAAAUAUGCCUCCCAAGCAAAUUAAAAUUUUUUAAAAAGUUGGGGAAAGGAUGAGAAGAAAAUUAUCAGCCUAAUACAGACCUUCUCUUGGAAUGGGAGAAAAAUGGGAAGAGAAAAUAGAAUUAACACACUUUGAAGAAGAGGGUGAUUUUUUUCCCCCAUUACUCCAUAUCCCCUUUUCUGUAUGCUCAGCACAAAUAGCAGGUAUGAGCCACUGUGAUUUUGGUGGAGGGGUGCCAUGUGCUUUCUUUUUUGUUUUUGUGCUAUAUGUUUUCUGAGUCAACUAGAAACAUAUUAUGAGGUUAAUGUGGUGGUGGAAGCUGUCUGUCACCAUAGCCAGGAGCCAAUAGUGGAGUUGAGCACCUUGCAUGUGAACAGUCUGGACUGAAACAUGCUGUAAGUGUAAAAUGCAUACUAGAUUUUUGACUAAAAAUAAUGUAAAAUAUCUCACUAUAAACCUUUAUAUUGUAUAUUGCAGUGAUUAUAUUUUGGAUACAUUAUGUUAAAUAAAAUUUAUUAUUCAUCUG